ACUUCAGACAUUAUUAUUAAGGUUUUUUCUUUCGGUAAAUCAGUACUGAACCAUUUUUUUGAUCGAACUAAAUAAAUCACUGUUGCUAACUUCACUCCAUACAUUUGUGUUUUGUGCGCCAAAAGUCAAAAAAUGUGUCUUGUUUUUGUUACUUAAACUGUGUUUUGUGUGUUUAAUUUAAUUUGGUGGUUAUUUAAGUGUUAGAUGUUAAGUCAUGUCAGUCCCCGACGAAAUCCCGGCUUUUUCCAUUUGGGAGACCUUCAACGAGACAAUUCCGGCCUUGAUGGCCAUGAAGUCGUCGGAGAAGAGUGCCGAACAUUUGGCCAAGAUAAUCAAAUCUGGGGACUUCACAAACAUUUUUGUCUACAGUAGAGACCCUUUGAGCAGUUUUGAGGACUACCAAAGGGUCGCCGGCAAGUACAAAUCCUUCACCACGUGGUUCCUCGGCCGGUUUUUCUAUCUAUUGAGUUGCGAGACGUUGUGCAAAAGUCACAACGUCUACGUUGACAUCCAAUUAUGUGUCUUGGAGCAACUCUCAAACACUCAAUUGAGUGUUUACGACGAGUUAGCGAAAAACUAUUGUCAAACUUUGAGUAAUUUGAGUGACUUCGUCAAGUUUGGAGAAAGUACUUUAACUGUCAAUGUUUUCAUUCCUGAGAAAUACGCAGAUUUGGGCGAAAAAUUGAAUCUCGAACCGAUUUCAAUCGAAAUUACGUUGAGAAACUUCCAGGAUUUUUUCCUCAAUUUACUCAAGAUUAUUACAUUUAUUUUGGCACAAAGCUUCGAUUUUGAGCGCUUCACAAGUGCCACUUACCGGAAUUUAGACGACUUGUUACUCCUCCUGUCCGAAUGUUCAAUAACUGUGAAACUCGAAAUUGUGAAAACUUAUCUCCAAUUGGCCAAAAAAUUCGACAAAAACAACAACUUGAUUCAGUUUAAAAUGGAUUUAUUCGGGCGAUACUUCGAACAGUUGAUUUACGAAAUUUAUAAUCGCAAAAUUGCGACAAGUUCGAGGGAAUUCGAGUCGUUUGAGGCUCUAGUUUUUGAGUUUUUCGAACAGAAUUCCGAGAGGGGAAUUUUCGAGAAAUUGAGCGAAUUUCUCCUCACCAAAACCGGCGAAAUUGUGCCCUCAGAGCCACUUUUGAAGUUUUGUAAACAAAAGAGACGAAAACCCUUAUUUAGAGAAUCAAAUUAUGAAAGUUUUGUCAAAUUGGCACUGAAAGAUUUCAAUACGUCGGUAUUUUGUGGUUUUAGGACGUUUCUUUUGUCCGAUAUUAGAAAUAUAAGAGAGGAGGGCUCCAAAAUCAAGUGUGCCGAUUCCAAAAUUUGGAAUUUUUUUCAUGGCCAAUUUUUGCAACAAAUUGAUGCCACUGACUGUGGUCACGAGUGUAAAAUCCCUCAAUUUUUGGAAUUUCUGACCCAUUUGGCAACAUUGCUUACAGAAAUCACAAUAGAAAUGCAAACGAAAUUGGAAUUUUUUGAGGAGGAGAAAACUCUCUUUGUUAAAAUCCUCGCACUCCUCAAUCGUCAUUUCGUCACGUGUGAUAAAAACGUGUCAUUUUCCUCAAUUUUUGACUGUUUUUUGAGUCUUGUUUUCGUUACGUGUCCCUCAAACUCUGUUUUUUUCUUCGAUGUGUUUUCGUUUAUUUUCACACAGAAUCAACUCAGCUGUGCACACUUUCAAGGCACGAGUGAUUUUCCCCAUUACAAGAAGGAAUUGACUGAAUUUUGCAAAUUUCUCACUUGUAACACCACAAAACAAGUUGCUUUUAAAUAUUUGAACGAAUUUUUGGCUCGAAUUUCGAAUAAAAUCACUCAAAUGUUUGAAAUUGAGUCGAGUUUUAUGCAAAUUUCCAGACAAGUCAACACAGUGGGGGUUUUGAGGAAUUUGGGGAAUAUUUUGACGGUUUUCCAAAACCCAGAUCGGGUGAUUUCGGAGAUCCUCAUCCCGGCGAUUUCCUCAAAUGAUGAGGAAAUUUUGAGGGAGGUGACUGAAGCCUUACCAGACAUUAUUUGUAUUUCCUCGAGUGGUUUUGUCAAAACGACACGAAUUGAGGAUUGUCGGUUAAAAAUCUCGAUUUUUUGUGAGAAAUGUCACCCUCAAAAAACAAGUGAGUGUCACUUUGCGAGAAUUCAAAUCGAUUUGACGAGUUUACAAAGCGCCAUCUUGAAAAACAUCCUCAAAUUUCUCAACUUUGACAACCGGGAACUCAAAUUGAAAGCUUUGGAGGUAUUGCCGUUUUGCUCUAAUCACAUCCUCAAAUUUCAUUCUGGCAACGUCGCUAAAAUUUGGGUUGAAAAAAUGGGCGAUUCUGAUGAAACAAUCAGAAAAAUGUUUGCACAAGUCGUCCCAAAAAUCGUUAAAUCCAACCAAGAAAAUCCAGUUUUGAGUGACACAAUCAAGGAUGAAACAAUUGAAAUUCUCUGCAAUUGUUUAUUGAGGCUUGCUAAGAAGAGUAUUCAAACUUCUGAUUUUAAAUUACAAGAGACACUCUUAUUUACAAUUGAAAAAAUUUGUGAGGUUAAAUGUGAGAAAACUGUUUUACCGACAAUUCGAAUUUUGGUGUAUUUCAUUAUGAUACCAACAUCGAAAUAUUCACUAAUCGCCGUGAAUAAAUUUUUCAUGUUGGCUGAGAUUCAUAACACCACACCCAGCCAACUAUACAAAAAAUACAAGCGUGACAUGUGCGAAAUCAUCACACAUUUGUGUAUUGUAAACCAGACUUUGAUCAAUUAUCCACUCGCUACGUCGCUGUGUAAAAUCUCAGUGACUUUAGAGUUUUACAGUUUGAAGGAUUUUAUCACUAGAGAGUGUCAACACUUGUUACCAUUUUUCGUCUCUAAAGUGAUUAAGAGUCCCGUUGUGGGGAAACUAAUCGAACAGAUGGCGCUACUAGUCAACGUCGGUUUACCCGAAUUGUUAGCGAGCAUUUACGGAAACAUCUUCCUCCACAUUUUCCUCAACGAAACAAAAGACGAUUUUAAACAAUCGACACUCUACUUGGAGAAAAUAACAGGGUUGCCAUCUGCAACGUUGCGAAAACGCAACCUUUGGGUGAUCCUCAACGAGCUUUUACUCAAUUUUCACGAAAAACGCGAGAAGGUGUUACUCGCGUUGCGUUUUCUAGCCAAUGAGGACGCCGAAACGCGAACAGAUGACGUUCGCGAGUACCUCCAAGCGCGCCUAUUGGGCCUUUUGCAACACUUUGAUUUCAAACUCAUGGCGAAAAACACCAAUCGCAAAGAGGCGAUUUUACUCAGCUUGGCUGAUUUUUUGACGUUUAUGGGGCCGAGUCACGUGACACCGCUUCGUUUCAAGGUCAUCGCCAUGUUGCGCACGCCCGAUUGUGGGGAUUUCCCCGAUUUGAAUUGUGACGUUUGGGAGGCGUUCAUUCGCAGUUGCGAAGUGGGGACUUUAGCCACGCAAUUGGCCACGAUUUUCGUUUCAUUGCUGCCUUUGAUCGACUCAAAUCCGAGGAAAAUCAACGAUAUUUUCAAAUUUCUUGUGGUUGAAAAUGAAAUGCAAGCAAAGGAUUCGAUUAAGGAUUUGUUUUUUGUCGAUGAUCCGAAAGUUGACGCUUUGGUGUUACAAACAAUACGAAAAUAUGUGCGAAAAUUCGAUGAUUGUGAUUUGAAGGAGAAAAUGCGUAUUUUUUUGAAAUAUUUAACACACGAGACGGUUGAAGUGCGUGUGAGGAGUUUGAAACAGUUGAAGGGUUUGAUGGAGAAGAAUCGCGAGGAGUUGGAUCAGAUGAUUUUGGGGUAUAAUGGAAUUGAUCCGAUUAUUGUUGAAUUGAUUGAGGUUUUAACGUUGGGGUGUCGGGAGAAGGACCCCAUGCUUAAGUUGGCGUGUGGGGAGGUUAUUGGAGAAUUGGGGGCUGUCGAACCCUCACAUCUACCCCGAAAAUAUGCACAGAAUAGUCGUUUCUUCACGUUUUUUAUGGACGAUGAUGGGUUUAUUACUAAUGCACUGAAUGAGCUCACGAGGGCGCUGCAAGGCGAGAAAAAUACAGUUAAUUUGGACCGCUUCGCGGUCGCAAUUCAGGAAAUUCUGAAAAAUUACGAAAUUUCAUCGGACGCGUCUAGUGCUCGGAACGAUUUAUGGAAACAAUUCCCCGAGAGUCAGCAGGAAUUGAUGUUGCCUUUGUUGACUUCGCGCUAUAUUGUGUCACAAAUGCAGGAAAUUGACUUUCCGAGUCCGAUUUAUGGCAGUGUGGAGGGUUCCUCGUCUCAAACGUGGCUUUACAAUUGGACCCGAAGUCUGAUUAUGACCUUGCCUCAAGCCAACCAAACUGUUUUAAUCCCGUGUUUGCCGGCAAUGAAACAAGACACUCGAAUUCUGAUGGUUUUUCUACCCCAAAUUCUCCUCCAUUCAAUCAUUUGCGAUUCGGAACAAAAUCGCGAAAAAGCCUACACCGAAAUCAAAGCUGUGAUUGGAACAAGAAAAAACGACCAAAUACUCCUUAGGUCAUUACCCUAUUUCGGCCCAAUCCUCGAAAUAACCGAAACCGAAAAAGCCAAAAAGACACAAUGUACGAAAAUUGUUUUCGUCAUUUUGGAUUUUCUGGAUCGAUGGACACGAGAAUGGCAAUGGAGUCAUGGUUCAACGGCACGAAACGACCCCAAUUUUAUCAAAAUCAAAAGUUUCUUGGGGAAAUUUUGUAAACUGGAGUUGGCAUUAUGCAAUUUUUAUUGCGGGGAAUACCCAAGAGCCUUGAUGUAUUUGGAGGAUUAUGUGACGGAGAAUCCGGGGGCCAUUUCGCGACAAUUAACUUUUCUAGCCGAGAUUUUCGCCCAAUUGGACGAGCCCGAUGGCGUGGCCGGCGUCACCGCCCUCCAGCCCACUGAGCCCCCCAUCGAGCAGCGCAUCCUCUCGUUGGAAGUCUCCGGGAAGCUCUCCGACGCGGCCGCUUGCUACGAACACGUCCCCCAGAUGAAGCUCCACCACCUCAAAGGCCUAAUCCGGUGCUACCUCGACUUGGACAACGUCCACACCGCCUUGCAUGUGGCCCAAGGGGCCCUAAACCGCCAACCCGAAUUCGGAAACACCCUCUUCGAGCUUCAAGCCGAGCCUUUGUGGCGUCUCGGCCAAUACGACGACCUCUCCACACUAUUAAAUCGCGAAGAAAUGACCGAAAACCCCUCAUGGGGGGUGAAAAUCGGACGAGCUUUACUCGCGUUUCAAAACCGAGAUCGUGACGCAUUUGAGGGGAUAAUCGAAGGGAUGAAGAGUCAACAAGUGGAGUUUUUGGGGGCUGCAAGUGUCGAAGAAGGGGCGUAUCAACACGGUUAUUGUUACAUUAGUCGACUUCAUGCCCUUAAUGAGUUACAACAAGUAGAAAAAAUCACGUAUAAGAUUCUUGCGAAUCGAAAUGAUGGCGAUUUUGUGCGUCACGUGAUUGAAAACUUGUCAAAAGAAUGGGAAUUGAGGAUUAAAGUCGUCCAAGAAUCGGUUAGGAUAAUUGAACCGCUUUUAUGUCUGAGGAGGGUUGCAAUCGAGCAGUCGAAACGUUUAAUUGACACUCAUGGGGUGGCUAUCCCGAUGCUCAAUUCUUUAUUAGGGGAGUGUUGGUUGUUGAGUGCACAGAUGGCUAGAUCGGCGGGGGUUCACCAACAAGGUUUCACCUAUACGUUGAAAGCCGAGGAGUAUAACCCCCCGAGCUUGUUUGUCGAAAAAAGUAAAUUGCAUUGGGGGAGGGAGGAGCAUGAACAAGCAUUGACGACACUAAGACGAGGAUUGGAAAUUUUAUUACCUGAUAAUUCGAAAGAAGCGAUUGCUGCAUUGUCAAUUGAGAAAAGGAAGAUUUGUGCUGAAGCGAAAUUGUUAAUUGCAUGUUAUAAUGAUUCUGUAUCGAAUGUCGAUACUGAUAUUAAAACGGCGAAUUAUCGGGAUGCCAGUGAGAUGUAUAAGGAGUGGGAGACAGGACUGGUAAAAUUGGCCCAGUUUUACGACCGCCGCUUCCAGAAUUACGCCCCCGAAGAGUGCGACAGCAGCAAAGGCAGCGAAAUGCAAAUCUGGAUGAUUAAUUGUUUUUGCAAAUCGUUGCGUUACGGCACUGCUUUCGUCUACCAAUCAAUGCCCAGAUUACUAUCAAUUUGGUUCGAUUACGGUACUCGACUAUUGGACAUCUCCGAUGCAAAAACCCGCGACGAACGCAAAAAUAAUCUCGUCAAAAUGACAAAACUCAUCGAUUAUGCCCUCGAGAACCUCCCAACUUACGUGUUUUUGACCGCUUUUUCCCAAAUUAUUUCACGUAUUUGCCAUCCACAGAAAGAAGUCUACGUCGAGUUGAAGUCAAUAAUAAUCAAAUUACUCCUCAAUUAUCCCCAACAAAGUCUCUGGAUGAUCAUUUCAGUGAUCAAAUCGAGUUAUAAAGUGCGUGCAAAACGCUGUGUUGAAAUUUUCAGCGAUGCGAAACUGAAAACGGCAACAAUGCAAAAACUAGUCGUUGAUUUCACGAAUUUGGCCGAAAAACUGAUCGAAUUAUGUAAUAAAAAUGUAGCACAAGAUGUGGAAACGACCACAGUUAGUGCCCUACUCCGGGCGCUUCCCCGGAUGUUGGCCAAACCGGACUUCAGCGAGAUUAUGAUCCCUACUCACAAAUUCCGGAAGUUGGUACUCCCGAAUCCGGACUUUUCCAGCACCCAACACAAUCCCUUCCCCAACCAUUACGUCCAUAUCGUGGGAAUUGAGGAGGAAGUGACCCUUUUGAGGAGUUUGCAACGUCCGAGAAAAAUCACAUUUCGGGGCUCCGACGGUAGGACUUACAUCCAAAUGUUGAAACCGAAAGAUGACCUCCGGAAAGACUUCCGGUUGAUGGAAUUCAACGAUAUUGUGAACCAACUCUUGUCACGUGAACCGGAAUCGCGUCAAAGACGCCUCAACAUACGCCUCUAUUCCGUGGCCCCCUUGAACGAGGAAUGCGGUUUGAUCGAAUGGGUCCCCAAUUUGGUGGGCCUACGGCCCAUUUUGCACAGUUUGUAUAAGCAACGUGGGGGCGCAAUGACGACGAAAGAGCUCCGCGACGCCAGUUGCAAUCUCCGUGACCCCCUUACGAAAAAACGCGAUGUUUUUACUAAAACUCUUCUGGUGAGACAUCCCCCCGUUUUGGGGGAGUGGUUCCGGAAGGCGUUUCCGGACCCCCAGAGUUGGUUCUUCGCCCGGAGUGCGUAUAUCAGGACUACGGGGGUCAUGUCCAUGGUGGGGUACAUUCUAGGGCUGGGGGACCGCCACGGGGAGAAUAUUCUUCUGGAUUCGACAUGUGGGGACACGGUUCAUGUCGAUUUUAAUUGUCUUUUUAACAAGGGGGAGAGUUUUGAGUGGCCGGAGAGGGUGCCUUUUAGGCUGACGCAGAAUAUGGUCGCGGCGAUGGGGCCUCUGGGGGUUGAAGGGGUCUUUCGGAAGUCUUGUGCUUGCACUUUGAGGGUUUUGAGAACCAAUGCUAAUACUUUAAUGUCGAUUGUGACCCCCUUUGUGUAUGAUCCGCUAGUGUCGUGGCCCCAUACUGGGGGGCAUAACACCGCAGAGAAGACAAAUGAACAAGCUUUAGAUCAUGUCAAAAACAUACAAUUGAGACUACAAGGGAUUAUUGUGAAGACUAAAGACCGCUCCUUAUCAAUUCCCUUAUCAGUUGAUGGGCAAACAAAUAGUUUGAUAAAUGAAGCGAUGAGUAUUGAUAAUUUGUGCCAAAUGUACAUAGGAUGGGGGCCUUAUCUCUAAUUUAUUUUAGAACUAAUUUAAUUUUUACAUAAUUAUGAAAUGUUUUUUGUAAAUCAA